AAUGACGCUAAAUUUUAAUAGAAUCAUUAAAAUUUACACAGAGGCUAAUUUCAAUAUUUCAUAUCGAUCGUCAAAUCUCCUCUAUACAUGGAUGUUUUCUUUCCGCAGAUUUACACAGAUGCUAAUUUCAAUAUUUCAUAUCGUCAAAACAGUAAAUCAAAGUUCAUCCGAAAUUUACAGCGUAUAAAUAAUUAUAUAACUCGAAAUCAAUACCCCCACAUUACCUCUCUUAUGCGAGCCCACACAGACACAUGCUAACUCUAUAUAGUAUUUGAAGUAAUUGAAAACAAGAAACAUAACAAAAAUGAGUCGUUCAUAUCAUCACAGUUCAAACAACCGACACUCACUAUUGUCCCUGGCUUUCAACUAAUUCUUAUUGUACACUUUGGUACACAAUUCGUACAACAUUCUCACAUCAAAACCAAGAGAACAUGGUGGCUUCUAAUGGUGAGGACACCGAACGUUCCUCCACCAAAAAGAAAAAGGAGACCUCCGCAGUGGUAUAUCGCGGGGCUCGCAUGAGAAGCUGGGGCAAAUGGGUGUCGGAGAUUCGAGAGCCUCGUAAAAAAUCAAGAAUCUGGCUCGGGACUUUCCCCACGGCGGAGAUGGCAGCUCGUGCGCACGAUGUUGCGGCGCUGAGUAUCAAAGGAAGCUCAGCAAUCCUUAACUUUCCAGAGCUCACUAACUCUCUGCCACGACCUGUCUCGCUCAGCCCAGCCGACAUCCAGGCCGCAGCAACAAAGGCCGCAUUUAUGGAAUUCAAAACACCAUCGCUUCAUCUCGAGGAUGAAACGCCAUCUCAAACUAGAUGUGAGACUGAGACGAGCGACAAGGCGUCGUCCUCACCCACUACGUCUACGCUCUCAGAGGAGCUAGGAGAAAUAGUGGAGUUGCCGACUCUAGACAAUGAGUUAAGUAAAGAUUUUGCGUUGUUCGACUCGUUGGAAGUAUUGGUCGGGAUGCCUCCAUGGCUAGAUGCUACCGAAAAAGAUCCAGUACUGUUUGACCAACUUUUCCAAGAAAGCUUGUUGUGGAAUCAUUAGUAAGAUUUUCUUGGAAAAGAAAUUUAUAUUUUGAUUCCUUCUCUCAAUAGUUUCAUAUGCGUACUUUAUCUCCAAGUACAACCUUAGAUUAGUAAAUACUUCCGCUAACGGAAUUAUAUAAAGUGUAAACAACACAAGCUUUCCUUGUUUCUUUUUUUUUUUAUCUUGCAUUCGAUUGUUCACAUAUAGUUAAACUUUGUGUUAUUAAUAUUUUUGGGUGGUUUAGUCAUUUAAAUGUAAUGAGUAUGUAGUAGUGGUUUACUGAAAGCAAGUGUUAAGUUAUUUAUAUCGCAGUGUUUCAAAAAAAAGUUAUUUAUAUUGCUUGUACGUGCUAGUAGAUAAAGAUCAAUACACCUAAGGUAAAUGAAAGAUUAAAAAUAAAUCAGAAGAGUACAAGCUCGACAAUACAUUAAUUGUUUUACAUUGGUAUUCCCAUGGUCGACAUUUGAAGUUAACUAACGCAAAAGUUGGUAACAAUAUAAAUCAGCUUAAGGUAUCUCAGAUAUGUUUUCACUCUUUUUUCUCCGACUACAUUUGGGUACAAAUCAAAUCAUGUGGGUUUUGUCUGAGUUCAGCGUUCAAAAAUUAUUGGAAAACACCAAAUUAGUAUUCCAAAACCAUCACGUGUAUGUUCGUCAUUAAAUAAAAAAUGACCUCUAAAAAAGCAACCCGAUCGAAGAGAUUCCCACUCUGUCAAAACUGAUUUUGCUAUGACUUAUAGAAAACCAUCUAACCGAAAUUUUAGGGAUCUUAUUGAACAGUAUUUUCCUAUUUGGGUUUUAUUAGUGGGUUACAAAAUUUGUAAAAGGCAACGUCACGUAUGCAUGAAUCAAACUGAUCAUUCGUGUGCAUUACUGUUGGUAUAUUCUUUUCUUCCUUUUUUUGUCUAACUAUUUUUUUGUCUAACUAUUAUUUUGCUUUUUCUAAGUUUGGAAAGAAAAUAAAGACAAAGACUUUACAUAGACGCAUUUGAAAUUUUGAUUGGUCGGAUUAUCUCACUCAGGAGCGUGUCCCCUGCUACACACAAUUCUCUUUCAUGUCAUUUUCAAUCCUCGCUUAAUUUUCUUUUCAAAUUAUGAUACAGUAUCUGAAUGUAGUUUAUAAUUUAGAUGCCUAAAUUAAUAAGUCGCGACCAAUUGCUUGAACCACGCAGCGUUAAUGAGAUCGCGAACGGUAUUACAAACUCUUAUAAAUUUCACAUAAAAGUAUAUUAUGAGUCAUCCUAUUGCUUUGUUUCAGUUAGAAGAAUCUUAUAUUUAUUUCUUAUACUUGUUCAUUUAUAAAGCUUAUAAAUGUUCAUUGUUUGAGCUUAUCCUGCAUAGUUUGGAUCGACAAAUUUACUUCAUGUAUACAAAUUUAAUGCCGUGUUUCACCUCAAAAACUAGCUACCUCGCCUACAUCGUUAUUAUUUUGUUUCUUAUCGACGGCUUCCAUAACCUCAUUUAGCCAAUCAAAUUUUAGUAGAGAUGAACAAAUUUGUGUGAGACGGUAUAUUUGGGUUAGGUUCGAUAGAGAAGCGUACAAAACUGAAGUCAAUUGCUAUUUAGAAUAUAUAUAUAAAAAAGAUUUAUUGUUCAAAUGAAGUCGUCGGGAAAAUAUAUAGAUGUUUAAUUAGUUUUAUAUGGGACAGAUUUUUCUUUUGGAUCUCGCGUCAAAGAAAAGAAGACGAAGAAAUUUGGUAUUCAACAUAUUUUUAAUCAUGUGCACAUUCAUUUAUUCUUAUAAGGCUGUAUAUUUUAAAAAUAUACACCUUUUAUUUGUAUUUGUUAAUAAGGCUGUAUAGUGUUUAAUUUAUCCUACCUAGUAUAUUAAAUUGCUUAUAAAUAACGUCACUAAAAUCAAAUUUGUAUAUCAAGUUUUUUUUUUGAAACAAUAUCAAGUUUUUUUAGUUUUAGUUAGAUACCUAAUAAUUAUUUUUGUUUACUAGGUUUUUGGGCGAGUUGAUACAGUAGUUGCAAUGAUUUAUGUUCUAUGUCAAAACUCUUGACAAACAAUAGUAAAUGACUAAA